AUCCCACUUCCGUCUUUCUUCUCUUUCGCUCGCUCGCUUAAGACUGUCCGUCGGGUAACUGCUCGCCUGCCUCUGCUCGUCUUCGCACGGAGAGCAACCCAUCGGGCACGGGCGCAAACAUGGCGGACUUCCCCUUCCCAACGGAGUUCUUCCCGCCGCCCGAGACCGCAACUGUCACACUCACCACCACCCGUCUGUCCACCGUCCUCCCGCCCACACCCACACCUUCACCUUCCAACUCAACAGCGCCCGCUCUUACCACCACUACAUUCUCAAGAUCCUCCGUCUCGAUCCACACACCAGCCUCCACGGCAACGACCGCAACGACCGCGCGACCGACUUCGACAGCGUUGAAUUUGCCAUUUGCCCCGCUUGACCCCGCGGCGUCGACCAAGGCUGAGGCGACCCCGACGGGCGUGAUGGCUGACCCCAGGGCUGGAGGCGGGCGUGGGAAGUUGUCGAGGUUGGCUAUUGGGUUGAUUGCAGCUGGCGGCGCCCUCCUCCUCUUUCUCCUCCUCCUCCUCUGCCUUUACCGGCGCCGAUUCCACCCCCGUCAUAAAUAUCCCACAAAACACGACGAAAUCCACCUUCCAACCCUGCCCACGAUCACCAACCGUAACACAACCCGCCACCGACCCUCGACAUCCUCCCUCCACCCCUUCGCCCUCCCCUUGCGGACCCCAUCCCCCAGCAACCAGUCUACCCUCACGCGCCCACAUACCCCAGAUCGUCGCAGCGUGGACAGUGCAAAUCGAGGCCGCCCGCAGUCACGGUCGGGAUCGGGAUGGUCGGUGAGGGAUCUGGUGGAUAAGACCCGUAGCGGGUCGAGGGAUGCGGCGGAGGAGCUGCAGAGGCGGGUGUGGGCUAUCAAUGACUUGUUAGGGUUCAACAAUAUGGAUGCUGGUGGUGCUGGGGGAUAUGGGGGGGAUACGGCGGCUGCGAUGAGCGAAUGGGCGGCGCUUCCACCUGUUGCGAACGCGGUGAAUGUCGGGAGGAGAGUUAGGGAAGGUGCGAGGCCCGCGAGCGAGCCGUAUGCGGCAUUUGAGAACGAUGGACAUCACAGCAACAACUAUCAGCAACAGCAGGAGCACACGGCACGCCACAUCUAUCCCCCAACCCAACGUCCCACCCAUUCUUCAACUUCACCCCCGCGCGCAACAUCCCCCACACAAGCCGCCAUCCACGAAUGGCAAACACCCACCGGCCGCGUGAGCUGGGACGGUGUCGCGAACAACAUCGAGUUCACCAAACCUCGCCCGACGACCAUCGCGGUCCCGCAGGCGACAUACCGUCCAUCGGCGUCUACACGUCGCCCCACAAGCGGCACGGCGACAUCAUCGCCCCCGCGCCAGACCGCAAUGCGCUCGUCGUCGUCUAGUAUCCGGACGGUCGUACCCGCCGAUUUCGCCAAACCAACCACCAAAAGGGACGGGCGCGCAUCUCCUCUCACCUCCCCACCGCCGGAUCUCCCCCCCACACCCCCCCUGCACCCGCUCACCCCUCGCCCCGCUUCUCAUGCGAGCACUGCGCCCUCGACAACCGAAGCACCGGCGUCGUCAGUCGGAUCCACGAUGACGUGGGUCACUGCGCCAAUGACCAACUCGACAAUGGGAUCCACACACUCGUUCUCGGAGGUUACGCCGGAUGAUGCGAGGAUCGUUGCGCAGACGUUUUUGAGGGAGUGGGAAGGCGGGCUUAGGGGGAGGUCGUAAAGGGCUCGAUGAGACGUUUCGUUUUCGACUGGUCCGCCCCUCGCUUCUUUCGCCGCAAAUACGAACGGAUGACAAAGGCGUAGCUGGUUCCAUUCGGAUGCCAAUUUGGAAACGGCGUGUGUGGUAUGCGAUUGUGGGAUAGGUGCGGGAUCUUUUUUCUUUCUUUUCGUGCAGGCACUUUCUACAUAGCAAUGUUGUCCUAAUGGUUUCUGAUCUUUCUUCUGUCGUUUUUUCACUCUGCUCUUUUCCUUCCCCCUCUUUCCCCUAAUGCCCGCUCGCGAACCGAUGUAUGCGUGUCAACAUCUUUUUUUCCUUCGAGUUUUGUGAUCUUUUUCGAUUUCCAUAAUGUAAUGCAUAUGAUAGUGUGAAAAGUAACAUGUC